GUACAAAUCCGUGGUAUUUUAUAAAGCCGGAGACCCGGAGGAAAUUACUUUGAUACUUUGAUCAACGGGUGUCGCAUCGCGGACAUCGGGUGAUUGUGUCUCUUGUCUCUUCGUAAAGCUUUCAACUCGUUUUCAAAUCCAAAAUCAUGAGGGAAUGCAUUUCCGUCCACAUUGGCCAAGCCGGUGUCCAGAUCGGCAACGCCUGUUGGGAACUCUACUGUCUGGAACAUGGGAUUCAACCCGAUGGCCAAAUGCCCUCCGACAAGACAAUCGGAGGCGGAGACGACUCUUUCAACACCUUUUUCAGCGAAACUGGCGCCGGAAAACACGUCCCGAGGGCCGUUUUUGUCGACUUGGAGCCAACAGUCGUCGACGAAGUCCGAACCGGUACAUACCGCCAACUCUUUCAUCCGGAACAACUAAUAACCGGCAAAGAAGAUGCAGCUAAUAAUUACGCUCGUGGUCAUUACACCAUCGGAAAAGAGAUCGUGGAUGUCGUCUUGGACCGGAUACGUAAACUCGCAGAUCAAUGCACCGGAUUGCAAGGUUUUCUCGUUUUCCAUUCGUUCGGUGGAGGCACCGGCUCAGGCUUCACUUCCCUGUUGAUGGAAAGAUUAUCCGUUGACUACGGCAAAAAAUCGAAACUCGAAUUUUCGAUUUACCCCGCACCUCAAGUUUCCACUGCCGUCGUGGAACCUUACAAUUCGAUUUUGACCACUCACACCACCUUGGAGCACUCCGAUUGUGCCUUCAUGGUCGACAAUGAAGCCAUCUACGACAUUUGUCGCCGAAACUUGGACAUCGAACGCCCGACUUACACCAACCUGAACCGAUUAAUCGGCCAAAUCGUAUCGUCAAUCACCGCUUCUUUGCGCUUUGACGGCGCUUUGAACGUUGACUUGACCGAAUUCCAGACCAACUUGGUGCCUUACCCUCGCAUCCACUUCCCCUUAGCCACCUACGCUCCGGUGAUCUCGGCCGAAAAAGCCUACCAUGAGCAACUAACCGUCGCGGAAAUCACCAACGCGUGCUUUGAACCCGCCAAUCAAAUGGUCAAAUGUGACCCACGUCAUGGUAAAUACAUGGCUUGCUGCAUGUUGUACCGUGGAGAUGUGGUCCCGAAGGACGUCAAUGCGGCGAUUGCCACCAUCAAGACCAAACGUACCAUUCAGUUUGUUGACUGGUGUCCAACUGGGUUCAAAGUUGGUAUCAACUACCAGCCACCCACUGUCGUGCCAGGAGGUGACUUGGCCAAGGUACAACGUGCUGUUUGCAUGUUGUCCAAUACCACUGCCAUCGCUGAAGCUUGGGCCAGGUUGGACCAUAAAUUCGACUUGAUGUACGCCAAACGUGCUUUCGUCCACUGGUAUGUGGGUGAAGGUAUGGAAGAAGGUGAAUUCUCUGAAGCUCGUGAGGAUUUGGCUGCUCUUGAGAAGGACUACGAGGAGGUCGCAGUCGAUUCGAUUGAAGGCGAAGGGGACGAAGGCGACGAAUAUUGAACACACCAUCAAGUGCAUUUCAAUUUUUACUAAUAUUUAUUAAUGCUUUUGUAGUUUUGUAUAAGUCAAUAUCCGAUAAAAGCACUUUUAUCCAAUAAACCUUUGCAAUAAAA